AUGGCACUUAUAUCACUCAUCGCUGUGGUCGUUGUGAUCGCUGUGGUGUCUUUCAUAAAUUAUAUCAACAGUACGAAGAAGAACCAGUUGCCGGCAGGAAUACAGAGAUUGCCUGGCCCCAAGGGAUAUCCAAUUCUCGGUAGUGUACCAGACGUGCCAGACAAGAACAGUUUUCUCAAGUUCCACGAAUGGGGACAAGAAUUUGGUCCUAUCUAUCAAACCAAUCUUGCUGGCCAGAACCAUGUCUGGAUCACACGAGAUGGCGUUGCUCAAGAACUGCUCGGCAAGCGUGCAGCCAACAACUCUGAGCGUCCAUUCAUUCCAUCACUCCAGGCAGACAAUCGGAAUUCUGGUCACUACCUCCCACUGAUGUCUCGUAAUGAACUGUGGACCAGGCAGAGAAAAUUUGCAAAACAAAUUAUGAACAAGUCAUCUGCCAACGCAUUCUACAACUAUCCUGAGCUGGAGUCGGUUCGUCUCCUGUUCGAACUCAUGACAGACCCUUCUCGGUACAAUCAUGCUUUGGAAUCUUUCAUCUCAAGAGUGACUUGCAGACUAGGGUGGGGUACUGCAGCUCCCUCUGAUGAGCUCAAACAGAGAGCCAGAGAGCUACUCAUAGGUGUAUCGCCUAAUGGUGCACUCACCAAUAAGCUCGGCUUUCUCAAGAAGCUUCCCGAAGCUAUCGUCCCAGCAAAAGCUUGGGAGUUCCGCAGAUACAGAACCGAGAGUCGAUUUUUCACGAUUCUGCAGAACGAGGUCAGAGAGAAGCUCAAGAACAAGACUGCGCCAGAGUCGUGGAUGCGCCACUUUCUUGAGAACAAGGCUACUACCGGGUUUGCUUCCGAUCUAGAAGGUGCUUACGCUGUGGGUAUGCAUGGUAUCGCUGGCGCUCUUACCAUUGCUGCACCAAUGCAGAGCUUCUGCCUCGCCAUGUGCCACUAUCCUCAAUAUCAAGCUGUUCUCCAUGAAGAGAUCGACAGAGUAUGUGGCGAUGAACUCCCAAAACUCAGUAAUAUGCCAGACAUGCCUGUGCUACGAGCUUUCAUCAGAGAAACAAUGCGUUGGCGGCCUCCUGUACCUACAGGAAUCCCACACGAAUCUGUAAAAGACGACAUCUAUGAAGGCUAUUUUAUCCCCGCCGGCUCUGUCAUGCAUCCUCUCGAGUGGUCCAUCAGCCGUGACCCCGAAGUCUUCCCUGAGCCCGAUGAGUUCAACCCAAUGAGAUGGCUAGAAACAAAGUAUCCGACUUAUCAACAGCCUCUGACUAAAUAUCCUACUAUCACGCAAUACAGCCAGUUUGGUUAUGGUCGUCGUAUCUGCGCGGGUAUGGGAGUCGCUGAGGCAGACUUGUUCGUCGGUAUUGGCAGUCUUGCUUGGAUGUUCACUCUCAGCGCCAGUGACACCGAGCCCGAGAGCGCUGCAGAACUCCCGGAAGAGCCUAACCUCGAGUUCGCCAAGGGACUCAGCCGAGCAAGAACAGUCACCUACAAGCUGCGACUACCAGGUUCGUCCCUGCCUGGUCAGUUCCCAGCCUUCUUUGAACAACACACUGGCCCAAAUACCCCGCCUUCAUCGCCAAAAGCUCGCACUGCGAUGGCAGGUACAUCUGAUAUGCCUGCCGUAGACAACAUGUUCAACUCUGCCGUUGACGAGAAGGCUUCAAAGCCUGAUCCUACGCUCGAGUAUUCGAGUUUGCUGAUCGCCAAACCUUUGCCCUUCAAGUUUAACAUGAAGAUCAGAGAUAAGAAGAAGGCCGAGCAUGUUGCUCGCGAGUGGAUGUUCUACAAGAUGGACGGCGAAUUCGAAGACUCGAAAUGUUAUUGGGAAGGUGGUAAUGCCGGCAACAAGCAGUAUGGUUGGGGUGAGGUGCACAAAUGA